AGCUUGUCGGGUCUGUCAGCUUUGCCGGAGAACUUCUCGGCAUGCGAUUCGUGACGAACGUGACCGAUUUAGCAUCAGAGGAUUACUACGACUACAUAAUGCCGGCGGAGGAACGGCGGGAUGUCCACUCGCCGCCACGCUCUCCCAAUCCGGUCGAGUUCGUCGGAGAUCGUCGAGUUCGCCGGAGAUCGCCAAGUUCGCCGGAGAUCGCCGAAUUCGCCGGAGAUCACCGAGUUUGCCGGAGAUCUCGUUGGAGCUCGUCUCAAUUUGAUCUCAUUUUCAUCUCGUGACAGACAUUUGGAGAAGAAUAGAUCUAGGUUAAAUUAAUGAAAUGAGGGGUAUAAUGGUACUUUAGCCAUUAAAAUUUUAAUGGUAAAUUUGAAAAGUGUAAUGUUGAAAAGUGGUAUUAGAAAAGUGGUAUUAGCGGCAAUUCCCCAAAUAGUUUUCAAUAUAAUUUUACUAAAUAUUAUCAAAAUAUAUUAAAAUGUUAAGAAAAACAAAAAUAUUUUCAUUGUGAAUAUAAAAUGAAUAAUAUAAUGUUUAUUUUGUACUAUAUAAAAUUAUAUAUAGAUAGAUUAUUAAUUUAUGAUUUUAGUGGGACUAUAUAUUUACAUGGAAGUUUUAAAAAUAUUAUUAUGUUAUUAUUUUAUCGAUUUGUGUCAUAUUUUACACUGGCCCAAGUUGGGACUGAAAAAAUUUAUUAAUUUAUAGAGAUUAUUAAUUUAUCGAGUAUUAAUUUAUAGAGGUUCUACUGUAUAUAAGUAUCAGUUUUAUUUAUAGAUUUAAAUCUUAUUUUCACUUGUGAAAAAAAAACUACAAAUACUCUUUUUCAUACCAAAUAUAUUACAUAUUUUGUAGUCAAAUAUUUUUUUUACGAGAUAGUCAAAUAUUUCACUUAUAUAUUAGAAAGUUUAUGGUUAUGUUUCAUUACAACAAUGAGGGUGAUUGGUUAGGUUUUACUGUUUUAGCAAUCAUGUUUAUAUAGUUUUUGAAGUUAAAGCCAAUUUUUUGAAGAAAAAAAUGACCUUAAAAACUUUUUUUAAAGCAACAAAAUAUUGUUGUAAGAAUAAUUUUUUUUCUUUUCUUCUCGUUUAAUUUCUACAGCUACAUCAAAAAAAAUUGUACAGAUUAAAUUCUAAAUUAAAAUUUUUACAACUAGUGUCGAACCAAUAUCUCCUAGUAUUUAAUUUGGACAGUUUAUAUAAAUUAAGUAGCUAAAUAUUGUAAUUUAGGACCAUAUCUUUAGGAACAAGUGUGUAUAUUUUUUUCUUUUUGCUAUUCCUAUUCUUUUUUGUAAAAGACCACUCAACGGCUUAACUCUCCAUAAUUGAGGAAAUAUAAAAGUAAUCAAUAUCAUAAAACUGCAAUAUCAAAACAAAGUCGAGCACCAAAAGUCAAAACCACUACCACCGACACCGAGAGUUGAGUUCGUAAGCAAAUUGAAUAAAGAAAGAGGAGAUUCUUUUGUUGGCUAUGGUGUUCAGCAGCGCGGCGAUAGUGGCGGUGGCUGAUGUUUCCACCAACACGUGGCAGCAGUUGAGUAGGGUUCCCUCGUCGGAGAUGUUGAAUACUCGACAGCUUCUUGAGAUGGCUUAUUGCUUCCCGUAUGAUCAUCUCGUUCGCUGUCUAUGGGAAUUUCUGUGUUUGUCCAUACCUGAUUCUUACGAGACUUUAUCUUCUUCUGAUGAUGAUGAGGACGACGAUGAUGAUGAUGAUGGUGAUAAGUAAUGCUUGGUUUUGAUCGUCCUAAUAGUUAUGUUGAUCAUCAUCUACCUUGGAUUUUGAUCAUGGCUAUUACCACUGCUCGCACUCAUAACAACUACACAAGCUGACCUUUACUUUUUUUUUAGUUUCCGAGUCUUUAAUUUGGUACUCCUCUCUCUAUAGUGAUUUAGAGUUACCAUACCAUCUUAGCUUGUUUUGUUUUGACUUUCUGAUUAAUACUUUGUUGAAUCGGUUGCAUCUCAAAUCAUUACGAAGAAAUAAAACAAAAUUAAGCAUGGUAAGACACCAAGAAAACUCAGAUUAAAUCAGAGCAAAUAUCAUUCUCCAAGCAACUGCUUCAUGUCUAAUAGACUUGCUGAAUAUGUUUUUGUUCCCUCUUAUAUGAGCAAAGAUCUGGCUCUUCUCUGAAUCUGCUGAUUGAUUUUCUUAGUUCAUUUAUAUGGGCUGAGCUUAACUAGGCCUCCUCGAUGGUGGACUCUUUGGAUGUAGGUAGCAAAUUUUUAUUCAUGGUUACGUAUCCGCAUAAAUAAUUUUUAUGUUCUUAAAUAUAUAAGUUAUCGUUUUCGCUCAUUAUUAGUUUGGACGUGUUCCGUUGUUACCAUAAUUACAUUGCAUGGCAUUUUCCAUUACAUAUAGGAACAAGUCGAACUUUAGAUUCGAGGCUCUUCUCUUACUAAUGAUUCAUUCAACCGAAAAUAAUAAUAAAGUGAAAAAGUCACAUGUAUCAAUAUGCUGCACCGAAGACAAAAUGUACACUUUUUUUUUUUGACAAAAUGCAUACACAAUUACUCAUUCACACGAUUCGUUUUAUGACAUACUAUCAUGGUAGGGAAUAGAGAUCGUUGGAUCUAUGCAUCGUUUGAAAGAUUUUUACGUGAAAAAUAUAAUCUUAAGCAAUUUGAAAAGAUUCGCAUUAUGAACACAAUAAU